CUACCUUCACCUGUCCCCCUCUACUGCUUAACUACCAACUGACCCGCCCCCCUCCAAAACCUUCCUCCCUUCCUCCCAAUUUCUUCAUCACCUAGAAAUCUCUCCUAAGGGAUCCAUGUUUGAUCCCACUUGUUCCAUUCCUUUUUCCUACUACAGAUCACUUUGAGAAAAAAUGUCCGAUCGCGAGGCCACCGCUGAGGAUUCCUUCGACUCUCUUACUGCAGCCGAGAAGGUGGAUGUAGUCCGUCGUGUUGACAGUGCCCUCUGGGGCCUCCGUGAAGACGAUGUAGCUAUUCGCAAGGCCAUGCUUUGCAUGAUACAGAUGGACGACGAGACUCUAAAGAGCACUCGGGAGCGGCUCCUUGGAAAUAAGCAGUUGGCGGGCGUAACUAGAUCCAUACAGAUCUCAACCGUUUUUGAAGCGCAACCCCACCACCAUUCCAUCACAGGGCCUUCAGAGACAACAGCACCGGCAGAGUCGACUUCAAAUUUGCUGCCGUAUUCCGAUGAGGCUGCUAUAAGCAGCGACACAGCACCGAACAAUCCUUCUCGAUCUCGCCCAAGAGCUGAACAUAUCAAUACUCUCGGAUCUCGUAUGAAUCUAGGCGACCAACCUGCACCAUCCAACCUCAACAAGCGUAAAGCUGCAGAAGUUCCUGAAAUAGAGCGACAACCAAAACAAAGGCGCAAAAACAAGCAACAUCGGAUCUCAAAGAAGGCGGAUGGCUCGCAGGUCGCCGCCAGGCCUAAGGUUUAUGAGUGGGUGAAGCCACUCAAGGAGCCCAAGGUCGGGUCUUGGAAGUGCCGCGUAUGCUACAACUGGAACUCUAAGUUCCAUCAGCGGUGCAAAGGUUACGAUAACUCGGACCCGGACGAUCAUACCAGAUGCCGUGGCCGAAAAUACUCUCACACCUUGUGUUUACAAGAGGCCGAUGGCAAGGCCGCAAGAGAAAAGGAACCAUAUGCCGGUGAGUGGCUAUGCCGCUUCUGCGGCUAUUGGAACCUGCGGUCGGCCCAAGACUGCGAGAACAAGGGGGAGGGCCUCGAUUUUGGAAUGUGUGCGAUCGACGUUGAAGAGGCUUGCGAGUAUCGACAGGAGGAAGACGCUACCCACCAGCGUCGUCCUUGA